GCACUUUGCCCAAACGCGACAGGAAAGUGUAUCACUUUUGUAAUCGGCAGAACCACAUUAUGACUUUACUCGGGUACAGUAGCAUAAAUUUAAAUUCUCCAGCGGACCGCUAAGGGUUCACUCAGCUAUGGAUUCAAAAACACUCACUCUCUCUCCGAAAGAAGAAGGGGAGCUCGAAGACGGAGAAAUCUGCGACGAUGAGCCGGAGGAGAGAGCUUCGGUGGCGGUGGGAAGUGGUCGGAGGCCCGGCGGCGGCGGCCCUCCUCCGCGGGCACGGAAGCCUCACCAACAUUCACACAACAUGCUGCCACUCAUGGCGGUUCAGACGCACGACUUUCGCCGUCGGCUGCCUUACAAUGUCGGCCCUCACGGACACGACCCUUUUGGCCCGGGCCACCGGCCGCAGUGCGGGCCUAGCGGGCCCGAGCGGCCUCCCGCUCCGCCUCCUGUCCCUCCGCCGCUGCCGGGGCUCGGUCCUCUCUGCGAGAACAGCCCGAGGUCCAGCUUCUGGGAGCGAAGUCACGGCGCCCUGGGCAGGUUUCGCCACCGAGCCAUGCCCAAUGUCGGACGCGGGGGAUGGAACCGAGGAAACUGGGGCGAUGGAAACGCCAGAGCUCUUCCCGGUCGUUACGGGCCCGGAGAGAGCCACAUCAUGGACUCUCCACCGAGAAAACCAAAGCAAUUAGGAAGAAAUCAAGCAAGAAAACCGCUUUACGUUGCUGCCAAAUCAGAAAGCAGUGUUGACGAGACCUUCGAGGACUUGCUGUCAAAGUAUAAGCAGAUUCAGCUCGAGCUGGAAUGCAUCCGCAAAGAAGAAAGCAUGGUUCUGGAGCCGAAAGGUUCCUCUGUGACUGAUGAGCCAUGUGAGAAUGCCGCCAGUAUUUCUGAAAGCAGUACAGUAACCGAAACAGUAGCUGACCAGAUACCAGUAGCCGCAGAGGAAAUACCUGAACUGGACAUGGCCCAGAAGAAAGUUUUCCUGGCUUUCAACAUCAAACCGCUUCGUCAGAAACUCCUCACGCCCAGUGAUUUGGAUGAAAUGACGAUCACCUGUGUUGAGCAAGAUAAGAGUGGUGAUGGCGACAGUAAGGAUGGUGAGACAAAAACGACACAGGAGGGACAGGAGAUGGAACAAAAAACCAACACAGAGGUUGGCAACAGUUCAGUGGUAGAGCCAUGUGUGUGCUGCAGUGAAGGAACAGAGAAAAGAGGGAAGGGGAAAGCCAAAAAGUUAAUUACAGCCUCCAGCGAGUCAUCUGGUCACAGCGAGGACUCUGUUUCUGCUGACAAGACAGGGGCAAAGGUCGAGGAAGAGGAACUGUCAGAGCUGCAGCUGCGCCUCUUGGCUCUGCAGUCGGCUAGUAAGAAGUGGCAGCAGAAGGAGCAGCAGGUGAUGAAGAAGGGUAAGGAACGUAUCAGCAAGGGCCCUCAGGAGAAAAGUGCUGGCUCGGGCCCCAGUGCCACUUCUCCUGCUCGACAGAGGGUCACCACCAGGUCUGCCUCCUCUGCUGCAGCUGCUGCUGCUGCUACUGAGUGGAACAGAAACAGGUCCAAACCUCAGGAGAGGGAGCGAGACAGGCCCAAGCUUGGGCCCAAAUCUGGAGCAAGGCCUCCAGAGCGAGACAGGGAGAGGCCAAAUACUUUGGAAAGGGAACGGUUUAAGCCUGGGAAAAAACCUCCACCGGAGAGGGGUCGAACUCCAGCCAAACCCUAUUUGGCCAAGAUGAUGAACACACGCUCAGCAGCCAAACAGGCGUUCAGGAAGCAGCAGUUGCGGACUUGGAAGCUACAGCAACAACAGGAGCAGGAGGAGAAGCGACGGCAAGAAGAAGAAGAGCGACGCAAGCGUGAGGAAGAAAUUCGCAGGAUUCGAGACCUGUCCAACCAGGAUGAGCAGUACAACCGAUUCAUGAAGCUGGUGGGAGGAAAGAUGCAAACACUUAGCAAAUGUAGGGAUCGAGAACACAGGAAAUCAACAGGUAAACAAGGCUUGGACACCUCAGGAAACCUCUACCAGUAUGACAACUAUGAUGAGGUUGCCAUGGACACAGACAGUGAGACCAGUUCACCUGUGCUUUCACCACAACACCCCUUUGCUGUAGAGGUUCCAGGGUGUUUCCCUCAGAUGCCGCUCUGCAUGGUGGAUCCUUCUCACUUUGGAAUGGAUUUUGUUCAGCCCUUUAUGCCACACAUGGUGUCUGGUCUUCCUCCUCCUCCACCUCCUCUCCCUCCACCACCAGAUGAACUGGAGCCACCUCCCAAACCCCCCUUUGCUGAUGAAGAGGAGGAGGAGGAGAUGCAGCUUAGAGAAACCUGUCUCAUGUCCAUGGCCAGCAAGAGGGUUUCUGCAACAGAGGAUAAGACCUCCAGUGGUCCUCCAUCACCAAGUUUCCAGGCUGUCAGCAUUCAGCCGCAACCCAGGGUAAACCUGAGCACUGUCUGCCUCAACACAGUGCCUCAGCCACGGACCAACAAGUUCACCAGAGGGCAUCACCUUCCAAGACCGCCGCUCGUGUUGCCAAAACACAAGUCAGUGGUGGUGUCGCUCAAUGAUUCAGAAGACAGUGACUCUGAUAUCGACACCUCUAGCUCCAUGCAGGCAUCGGUGUUUGGAGGCCUGGAGUUUAUGAUCAAAGAAGCCAGAAGGACGGUAGAGGCGGCAAAACCUAAGACGGCAUCAGAAAAGGAGAACAACCCACUCAGAACCCCAGAAGAUUUGCCUGAAGCCAAAAAAGCUGAGUACCGCCUGCUGAAGGAGGAAAUUAUAAGCAGGGAGAAGCAGAAGACAUUAAAGGACCACACUCAAAGCUCUUUUAGUGCUGCUUUGAGCACCUUAUCCUCUUCUGUCUUGGACUCAUCAGCAAAAACAGCAGCAGAGGUGACACUGACUGAAGCAGAGGAGAAGCUGAACAAACACAGAAACCUGUUGCAGAAGGACGAGGCCAUUCUCAGGCAGCUGCUCCAGCAGGAGCUGAAAAAACGAGAGUCUCUGAAGAUGGCAGAGGCGAAGGUGGUCAGGCUGAGAGAGCAACUACAAGCAUCAGAGAAGAUUGUCAGCGCAAACAAGAUACUCCUUAAAAAGCUUCAGGAACAGAUGCAUCAUGUUGAACACCGUGUGUCUGUGAAGAGGAGCCUCUCUGCCAAGCUGGAGAAAGAGCUGGCUCAGGCCCAGCUUGCUGCUGGUAGAGGAUCAAAGCGCAAACAAGACUUCACCCAGCAUAUUCCCAAUAAGCUGCGGUCUGUGGAUGGAGCCCCUCGUGCUUCAGACCAUCAUUUUGCUCGGCUCAUUGCUCAGAAGCAGCGACUGCAGCAGCUGGAGUCUGAAUAUGCCCUCAAGAUCCAGAAGCUGAAGGAGGCCCAAGUUCUGCGCAACAGAGGAGCUGCACCUGAACUUUCUGUAGAACAACCCUUACGAGCCUCCACCCCACCAGACCUUCAGAACCAGCUGCCACAUGAUGCCAGCCCCUUUCCACUACCCCAGCCCUCCUUACACGACCUCACCCAGGAGCUGACGCUAGACAGCGAAGACAUCACAGAGUCAGAGGAUCAUGAACCAGAAUCCACACCUGUACCCGUCACCACCAAAGGCACCCGUCGCCACUCUUUUCACCAGUCAAACUCCUCCACCAAGCCCAAUCUGGAGCAGCUGGGUGCAAGUCAAGUGAAAGAGAUCAGCACUCUCAAGCCAGCAAAGACCUUAAACACCUCUCUAGGUUCUUCAGAGGUAUUUGCAGGUCUAGACAUGGAUGCACUAAAGCAGAGGUAUCACCAGCAGCCCCGGCUGGGACAUCUGCUGCUGAGAGAGCUACAGAAGGUGGGAGAGACUCUGCAACCUCCCCCAUAUGGAAAGGUGACUCCAUUGGAGCUAGAUUCAGCCACAAACCAAUCAGUGGCUUCAGAGGAGAAGCCUGUAGCUUUUGAACCAUAUCACAGUCCUCUCCUGGUCUUCAAAUCAUAUAGGUUUAGUCCCUAUUACAGGACCAAAGAGAAGUUGUCCCUAAGAUCUGUUACAUACAGCAAUGCCAUUGACUCAAAAAAGAGUUUUUGUCGCUUUGACCUCACUGGUACCUGUAAUGACGAUGACUGCAGAUGGCAGCACAUGAGAAAUUGCACUUUGGUUGGAAACCAACUUUUUCAUGAUGUUCUAUCAUACAACCUGUCUCUGAUUGGCUGUACUGAGAUGAGCUCCGAUGAAGAAGUCAGCAUUGCCACAGAGAAAUAUAUCAAGAAGCUGUUUGGUGCAAACAAGGACCGUAUGGGAAUUGACCAGAAAGCCGUCCUCCUUGUUAGUAAAGUGAAUGAAAGCAAACGGCAUGUUCCUCCUUACACCACAUUUAAAGAAAUGAGGAAGUGGAAACCAAAGCCAUCGCUGCAGACCAACGUUAGUCCUGAAGAUAACAGCGAGGAUGAAACGACAGACAAUCAUCAGAUGACGGGGAAAUUUGAUGACUGCUCCAAGACCAGCUUGUCUGCUUUGGAUGUCUGCAUCACAUCAGAUGACAAACGUUAUUUUAUCAGCGAGACAGAUGACAUAUCCAACUUGGAGACCAGUGUUCUGGAGAAUCCCUGUGACACUCAGCUUUGGAUCAAGCUAGCAUUUCGAUAUCUCAGUCAGAAUGAUACUUCUGCAUCAGAUUGUUUGGAAGCUGCCUUGAACACAUUAUCUCGUGCUUUGGAAAACAACUGUGACAACCCAGAGGUCUGGAGCCACUACCUCAUGCUGUUCUCCAAGCGAGGAAGCAAGGAGGAAGUCCAGGAGAUGUGUGAGAUGGCUGUGGAGCACGCACCUGAUUAUCAAGUGUGGUGGAGUUUUUUGAAGUUGGAGAGCUCCUUUGAAGGGAAGGAUUACGUAUGCGAUCGUCUCCUGCAGUUUCUCCUCACAGAGGCAACUUCUGGUGUCACAGACCAGCUGUCCUUUCAGCUGAUGGAGGCUCUGCUCUACAGAGUUGAUCUCAGCCUGUUCACAGGCCGGAUGGAGAGCGCGCUGGCCAUUUUACAGAAUGCAUUAAAAUCAGCCCACGACAGGAGUAUUGCUGACCACCUGACGGCAAGCAACCGGGCCUUGGUGUGGCUUUCUUAUAUUCAUCUGACAGAGUUUGAUCGGUUGCCGGUCAGCCUGUACGACCCAGGGAACUCCAAUCCUUCCAGACUCGUCAGCACAGAGCCCUUUUUGCUCCCCUGGCAAACAUCACAGGACAUCAGCACACCGCUUGACAUACUUAUUGCACUCUUCAAAGAUGCCAUCCAUCAGUGCAGUGAUGAGACUCUGCCUCAGAGUGAGAGGACUCUGGCUUGCCUGCCUCUUCACACAAACCUCAUCUUUCUGAACAAACUCCUGGAACGAUAUGAUGAAGGAAUUCUCAUGUGUGAAUCGCUGCUGGAGUUCUGUCCUGAAUCCUGCACCCUGCGUGACGAUUUAGCUGACCUGUACAUCAGGAAAGGAAGUGGUGAUCAGGCAGUCAGCAUGUGGCUUCAUGCUCUGGCUGAGUGUCCCAACAAUGCUGAAGUCUUCUAUCACUCUUGCAAGUUCCUCGUGGCUCAGGACAAGUCUGGUGCCAUUGCACCAUUGUUUCGUGGAUUCAUCCUGUCCCUCUGUGAGGAUGAGCAGAGCCAGCAGAAACCUGUGGAUGUUCUACGACACAUCCUUGGCUUUCCUACUGAGGGCAUCCUGCAAGGCUCAAUUGUCAAAAAGGAACUCAAGGAACAGCUCAGCCAGCAGAUGCCGUACCUCCAUCUGGUUCACUGCCAAUGGCAAUGGCUUCAUGGCACUGUGCAAGAGACGGUGGAUGCAUUUGAGCGCGCACUGGGCACACCAAUGCAGCUCGACAUACUUCACAAACUCUGGCUGGCUUAUCUUUUCUUCAGCAGCUGUCAGCAGGCCCGUGGCCCCAGCUCUAGGCAGUUGUCAGAUUUGAUUCAGCGUUGUUUGAGCACCGUCCCAUCUCGGCUGGAGGUUCCCUUUAACCCAGCAGAGUACUGGAGCUGUUACUGCUUCCAUAACAAGGUGGUGGCUUUUUAUCUGAGCUGUCUGCCAGAGUCCCAGCAUGCACUUGUCCUGGAGAGAUUGCGAAAUGCUAUGCCCAACAACACUGACCUGGGCCUGAGGUUGGUGCACCAAGAGUGGCAGGAUGGAAUCAUAGAGCAUCUGAAAUUCCAGGCCAGGAUUUUGAGUAGUAGCUCUCCAAAGUGUUUGGCCAGCUGGAAGAUAGUGAUAGCGGUGGAGAAGGAGCUAAAGGAGCGAUCCGAGGUUCGACUUCUAUAUCAGCAAGCUCUCCAAAACCUUCCACUGUGUGCUGACCUUUGGAAAGAUCGUCUGCUAUUUGAGGCUGCUGAAGGAGGUAAAACAGAUAAACUGAGGAAACUUGUUGAAAAGUGUCAAGAGGUGGGAGUCAGUCUAAGUGAGCCACUAAAUUUAGGCCUGGGCAGAGCACAGGAAGACAAACGGUGAUGCUCACUACCGUUUGCUCGCUAUGAGUUAAACGGUAAUGCCAAAAAAAAA